AUGAUUGAAUCCUUUUUGAAGAGACGAGAACUGAAGAAUCAAUUCGCAGUGAGCUUGAUCGUUGAGGGUAGCGAUUCAGAGGAGAUAAAUCCAUCGGUCACUUUCGAUCGUCUCAUGACGAUUCUUAACGUGAACACAAAACCCGAAUUCCAACUCGACACUCCACCUCGAACACCCGAACUUCCAGCAACAAUGCAGUCUGAUUCUUUGGAGAGUCUGAAGAGGAUUAAAGUUGAGGAGACAUCUCGAGAUGAUUUGCAUACGUGUCUUCAUUGCGGAGCACUAAUGGAAGAACCGACCAUCCGGCAGUCAGCAAAACAACUUCAAAUUGAGUCACAAAACGAGAAAGAUGAAGAGGUGUAUUUCUGCUCGAUGGCGUGCUACUAUAAAUUUGUUGCGAACACGAAGGUGGCGCUAUCGCCGGAUGAUCUUGUGCGCGCUGAACGGUUUGUCGAUGAAACAGUUGUGUCAAAAUUGCGACAGAUUAGCGCCGAUAAUUUCGCCAAAUGUCUCCAUCUCGGAAAGAUAAAGUCCGAGUCGUCGAGCACAUCACAGCUGAGCGCUUCGGAUGCAUGUGCGACCACAACGCCCGCAUCAACACCCUCAACGAUGCUUGACUAUCGAUUCUCAGUCACUGAAACCGAUCCACGCUAUCAACUCCAGGUGAUCAAUGUGCGAGAGUUGUCGUUGCUGAAUGACUCGUCGACGAAACGAAAUCUGGAGAAGAAAUGGAAAGGUCAUAUGUGGAUGCAGUGCGAUACGUCACUAAUCGAGAGUUUCCAUCGUUUAAGCACUCAAGUUCGACAGAAGCAUAUGGCAGCGCAGUUGCAAUCGCUGGAGAGAACACGUGGGAUAAACGCGAAUCGCAUCGAUGAUACACGCUCGUGUGCGUUGUGCGGUAGAUGUGGAGAUGGUGAGGUUAAUGUGUGUGGACGAUUGAUUAAUGCCGACGCUAAUGUUUGGGUUCAUGUAAAUUGUUGUAUUUGGUCACAAGAGGUGUACGAGAGUUCAAGUGGUGCGUUGAGCAAUGUUGAAGAGACACUGCGUCGUGCAUCAACUGUAGCUUGCUCUCUGUGUGGCCAAAAUGGUGCUUCGAUACGUUGCUAUAAACUCACCUGUGAUACUCAUUUUCAUUUACCGUGUGCAAAAGAGACCAAAGGACGCUUUAUGAAGGAUAAGGUAGGUAUUGUGAAAAAUACAUCAAUUUUUCUUUUGAGAAAAUGUUCCCGUUUUGUUUACGCUUCGGAAAUUUCACUUGUUUGUGUUGGUAUUUUUCUGUUUUCUGGCAACGCGCUCUUUGGACUCACUGAAACUGCUGUCUCGAAGAUGACCGAAUCGUUGCCGGGUGUUGAUCAACUUCUCACGUAUACAUUCAAACACGGUGGAAGUCCUCUGAUGGAUUUGCCGUUGGCGGUGAAUCCGAGUGGAUGUGCGCGUUGCGAGCCACGUUUUCGAACACUCAUCAAGCAUCGACACCACAGGACACCACCAGCGGCCGCCGUGCCAAUCCAACCGCGAACAACUUCGAGUACGGAUUUUUAUUACCUUUUAUUCAAAUCACCGGGAAUGGCUAAAUUCGGAAUUGAUGAAAUGUUUUUGAAAAUUUGGUCAUCGCGAGAGAUAACAAAUGUGAAAUUUUCCAAAAAUGGAACGGAAUUUACAGCUCGUGGUGGUUCAAACUGGGCGAACAACGGUGUUGAUGCCAGUACUCGUGCGAUGUUGUUAGCAAGUGGUCUUUCACCCGAUAUAGCUUGGGGUCCGUACAGCCGUUGGGAACCAGGUCAGCUGAGUGGUAGUCACUAUACGCAGUAUCAAAAGAUGAAGAGAGAAUGGAAAAACAAUGUGUAUUUGGCCAGAUCGAGGAUACAAGGCCUUGGGCUGUAUGCGAAACGCGAUAUUGAAAUGAACGCAAUGAUUAUUGAGUACAAAGGCGAAGUGAUACGUAGUGAGGUUGGCGAAAUGCGCGAGAAACGAUAUGAGGCUCAGAAUCGUGGUGUGUACAUGUUCCGAAUUGAUGAGGAGCGUUUGGUGGACGCGACAAUGGCUGGUGGUCCAGCUCGUUACAUCAACCAUUCGUGUGAUCCGAAUUGUAGCACACGAAUCGUCACAUCAGGACCAAACGGAGACGACAAGAAAAUUAUAAUUAUUGCAAAUCGACCGAUCAGUGCCGGUGAAGAGUUGACCUACGAUUAUCAGUUCGAUAUCGAGGAUACUGCUGAUAAGAUCGCGUGUCUUUGUGGAGCGCCGAAUUGUCAAAAGUGGAUGAAUUGA